UCAGGAGAGCAAGGUCUUACCUAAGUACAAAAACUCUGCACACACUCUGCACUCUGUAAGGAAAAGCUCGAAAUCGUACGGCUCGAUGAGGUUCAUAAUCUAAAUCAUAAUCGCCGAAGAAUAGGGGUUUUGGAAGCGCAAAGAGAGAUAGAUUUUAGGGUUUAGCGUUGUACUGAUUCGUAGUAACAAUGGCUGAAGAACCAAGCCGUCCGAUUCGGCUUAUGAGUUUCGUCUCGGAGGAACAGUUGGAUGAAGCUAAAAAGGCAAGAGGCGAGCGUGUUGAGGAUGGCACUGCCCAAAGAGAUAGAGCUCUCUUUGAGAUUCUAAAGGAGAACAAAGACAAGAAAGAUGCAGAGUUUAAUGAACGUUUCAAGCACAGACCACCCAAAGCUUUGGAUGAUGAUGAGACUGAGUUUCUUGAAAAGGUGGAAAUGUCAAGGAGGGAAUAUGAACAACAAAUUGCAGAUGAGGAAGCUCAGCAGCUGCAGAGUUUCCAGGCAGCAGUGGCAGCACAGUCUAAUAUUGUACACGAGCUUAAGGAAAAAACCCCUGCUCCUAUAAUCCAGGAACAGAAAUCAAUUGGGAGGAAAAAUCUGCCUGCUCGUCCAUUAGGUAUGAUUAUUAAAGUCAAGCCACAAGCAAAGAAACCAAAGUUAGAAACAGGAACUUCCGAGCAGUCUUCAGAGGUAGUGAAAAUCCAUGCUGUUGAUGCAGAAAAAUCUUUGGAGACGUUGAAAAAUUCUAAUAGUAAUACUAAUAAGUCCCAAGAUGUUGGUAUAAGUGGUCUAGUUGCAUAUAGUGAUGAAAGUGAAGAAGAUGACUAGCGGUGUUACUUUAGUAUUUUAGAGGAGAAACUUAUAUUUAUCCAAUUUAUUUUCUUUUGUUAUGUUGUUCAAUUUCCUGUCUAGACACAGUAACGAUGCAUAAACGCAUUAUUUCAGGAAGGUGGUAUUUUGGGUUGACAAGUUUGGUGAGCGAUAUUUGUGUGGUAUUUCUAGGAUCCCAUGUCAGUAGAAAGAUUCAUCCAUCAGGAUAGCUAAACUAAGAGCAACUGCAUUAGUUGAUGCAAAUUUUCCUUCUAUUUUGCACAAAAAGCUACUUUUUCUAUUUUAGACACCUAUUUUUACAAAACA